AUGGCACCGCCCACGACGUCGUUUGCGUCUCCGCAGCACGCUGUGCCCACCGUGUGGGGCAUGGUCUGGCUGCUCCACACGGCCCUCGAGCUGCCGCUGUCUGUCGUCGGCCUCUUUCUUACGAGCUCGGUGCGCUUCGAGGAGAUGAACAACACCGUCCGCGUCAUGAUCAAGCUCUACUCGGCGCUGAGCCUCUCGCUCUCGCUGGCCUGCCUGCUGCUCUACACGCUGCCCGACUACCUGCCGGGCAAGCGCGCCGUCGCCAUCCUCCUCCUCUUCUACCACGGCAUCGCCUCGUCCGUCUUCCUCAACGCCGACCCCAUCACCGGCGUCAGCCUCGGCGCCCAGUUCAAGCUCGCACAGCACCAGCUCACCCCCGAGCUCCUCGCCGGCGUCGCACACGGCCUACUCGCCCUCAUGGUCACCGCGUGGUGGCAGUCGACCCUCGGUCAGGUCAAGGCUGCCGCCGGUGGCGGCGUGCCCGCUGGCAGAAAGGGGCGAUGA